AGUUUGACAAUACAGUCGGUGUUUUUGAUAUAAAUGAAUAAUCUCCAAGCAUAGAAUUGUGUACACUAGAUAGGAUAGUUUUAAUUAAAAAGUAGUAAUUAUAAGUAAUACGAUGGACUUUUUGGUAUUUCUAUGGAUCAUUAUUACAUACGGUUUAGCCGCGGCUAUAACCUUACUUAUCAUGAUAAGCAUCAUAAUUUACCUGGUAACAAACCCGUACCCUGAAAUGGAACGAUUUGAAGAAGAGAAUAUGUAUAAUGAUCCUAAAAGUAACAGCAGAAUGAGGUUUCCCAACAUUGAGGAGCCUCACAGUGUACACCUAAGUGUGAUAGUGCCAGCUUACAAUGAACAAGACAGAUUACCACCCAUGCUCGAUGAGGCUAUAGACUUUUUGGAAUGCAGAGUGAAGGAGCACCCUUCAUACAAAUAUGAAAUAAUAGUAGUCAGCGAUGGAAGCAGAGACAAGACUGUCCAAGUAGCUCAGAAAUAUGCUGAAAAAUAUGGCAGUGAAAAAAUUAGGUGCCUGCACCUUAUUAAAAACAGAGGGAAGGGAGGUGCUGUUCGAUUGGGUAUACAAAGCUGCCGAGGAGCCAGUAUAUUGUUUGCUGAUGCAGACGGAGCAUCUAAGUUUGAAGACCUAACAAAAUUAGAAGCAGCACUGAAGGGGCUAAGUUAUGACCCAGUACUUCAACCUAAGGAUGUUAGCAACAGUAUAGCCAUUGUGAUUGGCUCUAGAGCACAUCUCGAGAAGGAGUCCUUGGCUACUCGCAGUGUUUUUAGGAAUAUUCUGAUGUAUGGGUUCCACUUCCUUGUAUGGCUGUUCACUGUCAAAGGUGUGAGAGACACGCAGUGCGGGUUCAAACUGUUCACUAGGAAAGCAGCAAACAUCUGUUUCAAAAGUUUACAUGUAAACAGAUGGGCAUUCGACGUAGAAUUACUGUACAUAGCACAAACACUAAACAUUCCAAUUGCUGAGAUUCCAGUCAGAUGGACGGAAAUAGAAGGAUCCAAAGUGACUCCAGUGUUAUCCUGGAUCCAAAUGGGCUGUGACCUUGGCCUCAUCUGGCUCAAAUACACCAUUGGAGCUUGGAAAAUAAAAAGUCUGAAGAAAGAAUAGAACUAUAUUUUGAUACUUUUUCCUAAUUAUAUUUGAACUACCAUAAUUAAGGUAUUAUAACCUGUCUCUAAAUUUUCAUUUACUUUAAGUAUAAUAGCAGUGUCCACAUGCACUUUAAAAAGAAAAGAAAAUAGAUUAUAUCAAUAAAAUAAUAGACGCUUA